AUGAAAAGAUGUAUAAUAACCAUAAAAUUAUUGUUUUAUAUUAUAUUGUUCAAUAAAUGGAAUGACCUGGAAGCUAAACCAACUUCCGAUACCAGUUCUACCACUGUCGUUACUCUCGACAUCAAUAAAACUAGUAGUACCAAUGAUUUUGAGUACUCCAAGAGUGAUAACUAUAGAACAUAUACUCCUAAGCCCGGAAAGUCGUUCAGUAAGAUUGUGAAGAAAAAAAAGGAUAUCUGGACCUCUCAAAAUAAUCACGCCGUCAAGGUGGUACUAAUAGGCUCCGGCAAAACUCCAAAACAUCUCGUAAUACUUCUAACUACUAGGAACUUUGUACUAUUAUAUAAAACUGGCAAGAAUAAACCCUGGGAAGACAUCACUUCAAAGAGGCAUGACGUAAGUAAACUCAAGUUCUUUGGUGACAAUAACACUGAACUAAAAUCAUCUGACUACGAGAUAACUAUUGUCAAUAAAUUCCUUAAUUACACAUUUAAUGAUGGAGUUAAAUGUCUCACUGUCAACCUGGGUGAUAACGUUGUCUGGAGCCAUAGUGACCAUUCCAAUUUUAAAGAAAUCAAGGCGUUUUCACUGGAUCUUUACUUGAACAACUUCUUCGUGAAGAACAAGUCUGAUCAACUGAAGCAGAUUAAGCCCAAACUAAAACCUGUUGACCUUGACAUUGAUAAGAAAGAGUCCACGGAACAGUCUGACUAUAAGGAUGAGAAUGGAGUUAACACAUGGACCCCAAAGUUUGGCUAUGGAUUCAACAAAAUAUCUGCCGGAGAAACGGCUAUUUGGAACUCUAACGAUGUCUACUCUACAAUGGUCACGAUUAAAUCUGAGGGUACCAAUAAAUAUUUGAUAAUUUUACUGAAUAAUGAUUCAUUCUCCAUUUUUAAACAGUCAGAUGGUAAAUCCUGGGAAAACAUCUCCAAACAUGGUACUUUUUUCACUUCAAUCAGGUUUUAUGGUGACAAUAACAGAGAACUAAGACCAUCUGACUACAAGAUCGACAUCGUUAAUACCUCUGUUAGUUUCACAUUUAACAGUGGAGUCAACUGUACUAAGAUUAUGUUUGGUGAUGAUGAGUGGUCACAGAAAGAUCACACCCAGUCUAACUUGAUAAAGUCACUCUCACUUGAUUUUGUUUCUAACAGUUUAACUAUUGCGCUUCAGUCUGGUACUAUGAAUCUAAAAUUUGAUCCUACAACUUCUGGAGGCCAAACUACUACUACUGGAACAGGUCAAACUGGUACUAGUCCCGCAACUGGUCAGGAUGGAACCGGAACUGGAACCGGAGCUUCUACUACUCCUGCAGGUCAAACUACUACUGGAGGUUCACAACCAGCAACCGGAACUAAUCAAACUACUACAACUCCUGCUUCUGAAGGUCAAACUACUACUACUCCAAAAUCUGGAUCAAGUCCCACUGCUACUGGAACUACUACUACUCCAAAAUCUGGAUCAAGUCCCACUGCUAUUGGAACUACAACUUAG